UAUCUAAAAUAUAAUAUAUUCGGGAGAGAUCGAGAGCGUUGGAGAAGGGUUUCGAUCUGAGGAGAGGAGAGUUCGACUUCGACGAUUUUGCACACGAUUUUGAGAGGGCUUUCAUUGCUAGAGCUUCAGACCAGAUAUCAUGGCUAAGCACCACCCCGACCUGAUAAUGUGCCGGAAGCAGCCGGGGAUCGCGAUCGGGCGGCUGUGCGAGAAGUGCGACGGCAAGUGCGUGAUCUGCGACUCGUACGUCCGGCCGUGCACGCUCGUCCGCGUGUGCGACGAGUGCAACUACGGCUCGUUCCAGGGUCGGUGCGUCAUCUGCGGCGGCGUCGGCAUCUCCGACGCCUACUACUGCAAGGAGUGCACGCAGCAGGAGAAGGACCGCGACGGCUGCCCCAAGAUCGUCAACCUCGGCAGCGCCAAGACCGACCUCUUCUACGAGCGGAAGAAGUACGGCUUCAAGAAGAGAUGACAUCACGAUGUAACAAAACAAAACAUAGUUCCAGUUUGGUCUCGAACCAUUUUGUAUCAUUGCAUUCUCCUAUAUCCGCCCCUUUGCAAUCUUGUUACUCAUAUGUUAGAGUCUGAUUAUUUUUGUUGUUAUUUUUCUCUUGAUAUUGCUCUCCCAGUUGUGAUAUUGCUCUCCCAGUUGUUAGCUUUGCAGAUCCAGUUCAGAAAAUUGUUUGGAAAAA